AUGCGGACAUUCUCCCUUUUCUCGAGACAAGCCUCCAAGUUUACACCUCUGUCAACCCGAAGACCACUACCUGUACAACAGCUCUCGUCCAUCCGCUUCGCACGUUCCUCAUACUCGACGGAAGCCUCUCCCUCGCUAGCUCCUCAGCCAAAAGUAAAGUCGAAACCACACGCCCCUCCCGCGACCAGGCGACCACCACAACCAGAAUAUGAGAUGACUUUUACCUGCAAGCCAUGUUCGACGCGGUCUACACAUCGAGUUUCGAAACAGGGGUAUCACUAUGGCUCUGUGCUUAUUACUUGUCCCGAGUGUCGAAAUAGACAUAUUAUUUCGGACCAUUUGAACAUAUUCGGAGAUAAGCAUAUGACGAUCGAGGAUUUGAUGAGGGAGCGAGGGCAGCUGGUGAAGAAAGGGACCUUAAGUGAAGAUGGGGACUUGGAAUUCUGGGAAGAUGGGACCACCACGAAGCGGAGGAAGGAGAAGGGUGCGCCGGCGGCUGGAAAGGAACCGGGGGAGAGCGAGGUCAAGGGAAUCGAAUGA